UUCUAUUUUUGUAAAGUUUCAUUCAUUCCUCCCCUUUACCAUUAUCUGAUCUCAAAACAUCAAAAAAAUGGAGCCUAUAUUCCUUUGUUUGUUCUUUCUCUUCACCCUCACUUCAGCACAAUCCAUUGAUUCAUCACCAAACAUGCAGCCUACAGCUUCUUCUCCAAAACCAAAAGUAAACUCACUAAUUAGUCAUUCUUCAUACCCUCCUGGAUAUGAACACUCAGCAAUAUCUCCGUCAUCAGAAACAGAAUCAGUUAAUUCAGAAACAGCUUCUUAUUCUCAUUCUGGCAUCUCUUUUCCUCCUUCAGAUGCUCCUUCACUCUCACCAUCUAAAUCAGAACUAGAAUCAGAAUCAGAAUCGUCUUCCUUUGAACCAUCAGAAUUUUCUUCCAUUUCCACUGAUUCUAUUUCCUCCAGUGAUCAAGCAGCCGCUUCCGGUCUAUCUUCUUCUCUUAUGUCCAAUACUCAAAACGACGACGGUGCAAGUGCUAAUCAUGAUACUACUAUAAAGAAAAUAUGCGACAAUACUGACUACCCUGAUCUUUGCACCGCAACUGUUGCUCCAUUUAUGCGUGGAAGUGCUGUCAAUGUACAAAAAGUUCUUGAAGUAGCUAUGAAGGCAAGCGAUCAGUUUGCCAAAUUGGGAUUUGCAGCUGCGAAAAGAGCUUCUGAAUCCCCUGCUAUUCCCCCUAACACUAAGAAAAUGCUUAAAACUUGCCUGGAUAGUUGGGAUACUGUGUUGUACAAUUACGAGCAAGCUAUUGAGGCUCUGCGUAUUCAUGACAGUGGACGUAUGAGCACUAUGCUCAGUGCUGCUAUUACUGAUAUUUCAGAUUGUGAAGAUGCCUUUGAAGGUGUGAUUUCUCCUUUGAUUGAGUAUGGUGAAAAGAUGAUCAAAAUGACUAGUAUGUGCCUAGCCAUUGUUUCACAAAUCGCGAGUUAGAUCACAAAAUUUUCUUUUUUUUCACAGCACACAAUUGAUCCUUAAUCACCUCGCCUAAUGUUAUUUGCACUAACUUCCGUUGUUAUGGCGCACCCGUGCACCGGGUGUGCCAUAAUAACAUUCCAAAUGAUCGUAUCAUACUUCCGUAUAGGAAUUCAUUUGUGUUAUUGUGUCUAAACAUUUUGUACAUGAGUUCGAUUGCACUUUUUAUGCUCUAAUUUAGUCAGUGAUAUACAAAGCAACACAAAAUUAGAUAUAUUACAUAAAAUCUAACAGAAUAAGAAGAUGGUUAUAUUUGAAGGGAGCAAUAUAAAGAGUCAACGAGCCCCAUUAUUGUGGGAAUAUUGCAGAUCAAAUUACUUAAUUUUAAAUGUAAAGCAAUAUAUAACUAUCACAUCAUAUAUAUAUUAUAAUAAAAGUGGGAAGCUCCUAUCUUCCAAGUUAGAUUACAG